AGUCGCCACCGCUCCCGCUGUUCAGCACUAAAACACCCCCGCCACCCGCCGUCCAACCCCUGUAAAGGCCCCUGCAGCCGCUGCACCAAGCGAAUAUCGACAUCACCGCCUGCAUUGCAGCUUCUGCCUGAUACGCUUCUCGCUUUCUCAUCAUCCUUCAUCGCUCCUUGCCUCGCGCAUUCAGGCAUAGAUUUCCAGCGUCAUAUGGUCGCAUGACUCAUCUACCUGGGUCUUUCUUUUCUUUGUUCGCGACGCUCUAUUUAAACCAGCUCCUAAAAAGUAGUCCUGUCUCACUUUGCUUCGCCAGCUCUUCUAAGCGCCGGCCGCUUUGAACGACCGCCUCGAACCCGUUGCUUUCUUUUUCCAAAAAGGAUCUUGUCUGUUUGCGGCCGGCCCAUUACUUGACCGCUGCUUCAUAGGCGCACUAUAUCCCUCAAGUCUGUCGGCCGUGCAUGACCUUGCAUCAUUCGCAUCCGAGCUUGAAGCCGCUGUCGCACUCUUACACACACUUGCACACGCACAAUACAGAAACAGCCCCUCGCAGCGCAAGCAACUGCGCAUAGCCAUGCCGUCUAAGCGACAAUCAAUGCGCGUCGAGGACUCCUGGCGAGUCGUCGACGGUGAAAAUGACAGCUUCGACACCAGCAUUCUCCCAUCUGUCUCUGACGAUGAUGUGCUGCUUCCACUGUCGAGCGAGCAGCCGUCAGAUGGCUUUCCUUCGCAAUUCUCAUCCCAGAAUCAGAGUCAAUUUAGUCAGCGCUCAACAGACAGUAUUCGCGACUUUGUUAAACACCAGGAAGAUGACCAGGUCAUCUUGCGCCAGCCAUUCCGCCCAAGUGUGCCCAGUCUUGUUGGGACGCCACACAAGUCGCAAUAUCGAACGCCUGAUCCUGAGUUUAGGAUGCCCUUGAUUGACAUAGAAAAUGACAGGCGCAGCAGUGGCAGAAGCUCGCGCACUGCCAGAGCGCUUAUCAGCUCCGGUUCCCGCGAAACCUCUUACAUCAGUGACGUGCACCUACGCCAGCGCGGCGUCUUUGCCACUGGCAGCCCUGUCAAGCGCAGGGGAAAGAGACGGCCAAGCGCAAAGGAAGCAGCUUCAAAAGCAGAAACGACCGGUCUAUCGUCGCACUUCUCAACUUGGGCGCAAAACACAAUUCAUUGGGCACUAAGCGUCGUUGGUCUAGCCUUCCUGUACGCAAAACGCCCUCUUGCCUUCUUCCUGGCUAUCUAUCUCUCAUUCGGUGCAGUUAUUAUCACCCAGAAUAUGGUGCAACGAUCCAUCUUCACGUCUCUAUCGCCGAUAUGUCGCAUACCAGGAACCUCAUACCUCAACCUGCCCUUCUGCCCAACUUUCCCAUCCGACAGCCCCAACUCACAGGCUUCUCCGGUGGAAUUUGAGGAUCUAGUGACGGUUCAAUCAAAGUUCGAGGAUGUGCUGGAAAAGAGUUCCGAUGGUGUUUCUCUGCCGUUCGAGAUGAAGCGCUCGGAAACGACCCUCCGCGAUCUUCGAACACUUCUUCGACAAAGCGAGGUCCUUGCAAAGGACGAGCUAAUCUUUGAACUCGACGGUUACAUCGAGACGUCAAGACAGACAGCAUCUGAUCUGCAGCGAUUCAAUACCCAUGUCGGCUCUGCUGUUGAUGCAGUUAUCAGCAUUAACCGCUGGACGUCACGCUACAUUGACUCCAUGGCGCCAGUCGAGGACGACAAAACAGGCCUUGUGCCCUCCUCGGCUCUUGCCGUUUGGACAGGCUGGAUAUUCUAUCCUUUCCAGCCUACCGAAAUGCAAUUCAGCGAGCAAAUUCUACGCGAGAAGUAUAUCGAGCACACUGCGCUGAUAUCUGACCGCAUUGCUGCUCUCAUUAUCGAAGCGCAAGCCGUCCUCCGCCUCCUCACCAAAGCUGAAGAUCACCUUUCUCUUAUAUACGACGUUACCUCUCGAUCUACAGCCGCGACCUCGUCCCGCCGCGACCAAAUCUUGUGGAACAUUUGGACCCUCGUCGGCGCCAACAGCGGCCGCUUGCAUCAUCUCUCUGAGCAGCUCUCGCUCUUGCGCCAGGUCGAUUCGCAACGCACCUCAGCCGUCGCGCAAGUUAGUGCUCUUGUUGUUGAACUUGAAGCGAUCCAGGCCGGCCUGGGAGACUUGCGGGAGCGAGUUGCAGCACCAAAGCUACUUCAAGCAUCCCUUGGGUCUAGCACACCUCUCCCUCUGAGCAUUCACAUUGAAACCAUAGACCGUGGUAUUGAGCGUCUUGAAGCCGCUAGAAUUCGAAUCCGCGCAGCCGAAGACGACAGAGUGCGAGAAGCGCUUGUCAAGAGCGGUAUUAGAGGUGACGAGCGCCUAAUUGACUCUCAGAGAGACUGAGACUGUUUAUGAACGUUAUCCGAUGAUUCUUUUCCUUUCAUUGUCCUUCGCUUUUUCUCUUUCCUGCCUACUGACAACUUUUAUUUUUCACCUACAAACACUCGAAAUGUGGCGCAAAUGAAUACAUGGAUUGUUACAGGGUUUUUAGGUAUAUAUCGUUAUGAAUAGAUGAUGCCAAUCGAAUUAUUAUUGAU